UCUCUUCUUCCUCGGCGGUCAUGUGUGUUUCGCAUCGCUGUUUCUUCCAGUAAGCACCAAUGCAUGCAUGCACCCGCCUCCCCUGCGCUCUCAAAUAGAUGGUGCAAGUAAAGAUGUCCAAAUCUUCCGCAGACCCUCUGUCUGGGGUAGAAAGCGCUUCUCAGUCGCACUAUUUCCAGCUUCCACGAAAGUUGCCGAAACGCAAGGGUCGUUUUAAACGUUCAGAUGGCAGCACAUCUUCUGACACCACCUCCAGCUUCAUCAAACGACAGGGUUCAGCCGAUUCGUACACGAGCAGACCUUCGGAUUCCGACCUGUCAGCGGAGGAGGACCGCGAGGCGUAUCGGCGUGAAGCCGAACGCCAGGCCCAGCUGCAGCUCGAGAGAGCCAAGUCCAAACCUGUAGCGUUCGCAGUGAAGACGAAUGUGAAUUAUUGCGGGGCUCUAGAUGAGGAAUGUCCUGUUCAGGGUGCUGCCAUAAACUUUGAAGCCAAAGACUUUCUGCACAUUAAAGAGAAGUACAAUAAUGACUGGUGGAUUGGAAGGCUGGUGAAAGAGGGGGCAGACAUCAGCUUCAUUCCCAGCCCCCUCCGACUGGAGGCCAUGAGAAUCAAACAGGAGCAGAAACAGCAGAGGAAAAGCGGUAACUCAUCCUCAAGCCUGGGUGACAUGGUUUCAGGGGGUUGGAGAUCCACACCGCCAUCUGCAGCCAAACAGAAGCUAAAGCAGACUGAACACAUUCCUCCAUAUGAUGUGGUGCCAUCCAUGAGGCCUGUGGUUCUGGUAGGACCGUCACUAAAGGGAUAUGAGGUGACAGACAUGAUGCAGAAAGCUCUGUUUGACUUUCUCAAACAUCGCUUUGAUGGACGGAUUUCAAUAACCCGAGUAACUGCUGACCUUUCACUGGCCAAGAGAUCAGUUCUCAACAAGAGACCCAUCAUGGAGAGGUCAAACACACGGACCAGUUUGGCGGAGGUACAGAGUGAGAUUGAGAGAAUAUUUGAGUUGGCCAAAACCCUUCAGCUGGUGAUUCUGGAUGCAGACACCAUUAACCAUCCAGCACAGCUAGCUAAAACCUCACUAGCACCUAUUAUUGUAUAUGUAAAGGUCACGUCUCCAAAGGUCCUACAGCGGUUGAUAAAAUCCAGGGGUAAAUCACAGAGCAAACACCUCAAUGUUCAGAUGAUGGCAGCAGAUAAAUUGACUCAGUGUCCCCCUGAGAUGUUUGAUGUCAUUUUGGAUGAGAACCAGUUGGAGGACGCCUGUGAGCAUCUGGCUGAAUAUCUGGAGGUUUACUGGCGUGCCACUCAUCUGCCAGGCACCACCCCUCUCAACCCGCUAUUGGAGCAAAAUUUGAUGACCCCACCCUCUGCAAUCUCCAGUCUACAGUUCUCUGAAACACAGGAAUUAAUUGAAUGAGCACUUGCAAACCUGCGAACCAGCAGCUGUCGCCUGCCGGGGGUGGAGGGGGAGUGGAGGAGGAGGAGCAGGGAGAGCAGGACAGCCUCAUGCCCUCCGACGAGGCCAGUGACUCUCGCUCCCUCCACCGAGGAGGCUCUAGCUCCCUGCAUCCCCCAGAGGACGAGGAAGAAGAGGAAGAGGAGGAAGAUGAUGAUUACCAACCCCAUCGCCACUCGAACCCCUACCGUGACGUUUACCCACCUAACCGUAACCACCCGGGUGGGAUCCACAGUGCUAAUGGACACGAGUCACAGGACCGACUCCUGCAGCAGCGAGACUCGCAGGACGGACACAACCAACGUAACAACCGACAGCGCUCGAGAGCCUGGCCGAGAGACAACUACUGACCGGUCAGCUGCAGGAGGGGGUUGAGUUGUGAAUUGGGGUGAGGAACUGAAAAAGCAGUGUUAGUGGAUGAAGGUUGAUGAAAAGAUCCUGUCGUUUUCUAAGCUCAUGUGGUCGUCAUCGUCUUUGGUGGCGCACGGCAUGUGCUUUCAAAAGACAGAGCAGCUUUUCUCCUUUGAGAUCAAAUGCAUGUUCGUUUUGAAAUAAUAAUUGAGCUUCCUCUGAAUACCCUAACCCCACCCAA